GACAUAAUUGUGCUUCCGUGAUUCAGAGCAGCUUUUUUUUUCACACACUGGCUCAGUUUCUGGAUUCUUCGUGCAGUCCUUCAGGAAUCACGAAAUCAUUAUGGAUUUACAGCCACCAUCAGCUGUCGAAAUUUCGCCGGUCAUAUAUCGCACUGAAUGUCGUGCCAACCGAAGCUUAGAAAGGGGCUCUAUGUUUGCACGGAGAACGGCACACGGGAACGCACCGACAUGGCGCGAUUUUGAUAACCAUCUUGCAUGCGUACCAAGGCCAACAGGGCUUUUGUCUUUUACGAACAACUUUAGGCGUGCGUUGCAACGACGCGAGUUGCUCGAGCGGCGAGGGCAAAGGGACAUCGUUGUGAUCGCUGUCUGGGCAAAGGACCUGACUGGCGUGUAUGAUGCAGAAGAGGUUGCUUCUUUGCUUGGGUAUUCCGACACAGGGUCAGAUCCUUGUAGAAAACGACGAGACCAUCAUGAUGAGUACAUUAUUGAAGGCGGCAUUCUAGCAGAUGAAUACCGCAUUCUCGCUAUUUUCAAUGGGAGUGGAAUGCAACGCGACGUUGUCUUUGAAUGCUCACUCUACAAGAGUUCAACAACAAUACCCUAUGGGUUUUUCCCUGGACACAGAUCACCCAAUGCACUCCAGGACUUGGGAGACGAGAUUCACUAUCGCACUGGGGUUCGCGAUGAUCUGAAGCGGGAUGAGCUCGUAAAGUCAAUUAUGGGAAGGCCUUAUGUAUUUCCUACUUUUCUGCUUCCGACGAUUCAAUAUGAACAACGGCGAGGGAACGUUGGGAGGACGGAUUAGCUCAAACGAUGUUUCCUCAAUAAUGCAGCUGAUCGCUUUAGCGAGCCAUGAGUCGUAUAUGUCCUCGUCAGUUGACUCGGAUUCUCUGAUAUAUCUGCUUCUAAAUUCACCUACACUAAUUCAUAGGUUUUCGGCAUUAUAUAUUACCCCCGCCACAUUGUUGAUGAAUAUAGUAUUCUAGAGUUGAGCCUAGACAGGAUAUGGUAGCUGGUUUGUUCCCGCGCCAUUAAACUUGGUUGAGAUUGUUUGGGCCCUUACCCAGCAAGAAAUCUGGUGAGAGAGCCCUCGUGUCCGUCAAGAGGAUCCUGAUAAGUGGCUGGAUAUUGGUUAAUCUUGAACCCCUUAAGAGCUAAUCCUACUUCUUCAAGAAGGUCAACCCCAAAUGUAGGAUACUCUCGGGCUUCCUGGGCAAAUCGAUGGUGCUCGCAAAGAAGAUAUCCCAUCACUGUUGCUGCCGCUAAAGUGCGACGGAUUGCGUGCCCUUGAGGCAAAAAAGCUGCAGAAAUAACAUGAUAUGACGUGAGACAAUAAGUAUUGAUCCUUAAUCCGCCUUUGCUGAUUUCGGGUUUCCGGUUGGCAAGUAAAAGUUCCUUAAAAUGCUGCGCAAUUUCAGCUUCCA